UCCACUCAGCACAGAUCCUCAGAGAGAGCAGAGCAUACAAGCUUCUUGGACAAGAGCCAGUAAAGAAGCAGAAGAAACCACCUCAUCUCGUGUAAACAUGACUUCCAAGCUGGCUAUUGCUCUGUUGGCAGUCUUAAUGUUCUCUGCAGCUCUGUGUGAAGCUGCAGUUUUGACAAGAAUUGGUACAGAACUUCGAUGCCAAUGCAUAAAGACACAUUCGACGCCUUUUCACCCCAAAUUUAUCCAAAAACUGACAGUGAUUGAGAGUGGACCACACUGUGCAAAAUCAGAAAUCAUUGUAAAGCUCACUGAUGGAAGAGAACUCUGCCUGGAUCCCAAGGAAAAGUGGGUGCAGAAGGUUGUGCAGAUAUUUCUGAAGAAAGCUGAGAAGCAAGAUGCAUAAGCAAAAGAACUCUUCAUGGUACCCAAGAAUUCCUCAAUCAAGACGCCAAUGAAACUUCAAAGAACUCUACUUCAGUGCUUUACAUACUGUGUGGGUCUCUUGUUGCACUGACAGAUAAAAUACAAGAUAUCUGGUUAAAUUUGAAAUUUAGUAAAACAACAAAUACAAUUUUCAUUGUACUAUGCAAUAUCUACAAAGUGGUAAUAUCAACAAUGUAUUAUUUUAAUAUAUGGCAAAAAAUGUUUUAAAAUUAUUGCAUGGGACAAUGUUCAGAGAAUGAAAUUGAGGUCAAAGGUUAGGAGACUGUCUGGUCUUCAGUUUCAGAAAUGAAUUUGCUUGAAAUGUAAUGUUUCAAGCAUCGCAUGAAAGUGAUAGAACAAUGACAUUUUCUUGCAUGUUCAAAUUUAACUGGAAAUCUUGGAUUCUUAUUUGUUAAGUGUGGCAAUUCUAGUCUGCUGAUCAGGAUCCCUGAAUCUCUGUUCAACCACGCCUCAGUUUCUCCCUUAUUCCUAACGUUGGCAAAAUGUAUCAGCCAUCGUCCUGAAUCUCACAGGGAAGUUGUGAGGAGA